AUGUCGAAGGACAUUGAAUCGUACAUUGGUCAAUGUGCUGCAUGUAAUACUUACCAGGAUGAUCAACAGAAGGAGCCUAUGAUCAGCCAUGAGAUUCCUAUUCGUCCUUGGCAAACAAUAGGAUGUAAUCUGUUUGAAUGUGAAAGCAAAGAUUACCUCAUACUCGCAGAUUACUAUUCAGAUUACUUUGAGGUGGAGAGACUUCAUAGUAAAACAGGAAGUUCAAUCAUUCGCAUGAUGAAAUCACAGUUCGCACGUCAUGGAAUCCCAGAUAGGGUAAUAUCUGACAAUGGACCGCCAUUUGGAAGUCGAGAGUUUGCAGAAUUCAGUAAAAGUUAUGAAUUCGAGCAUGUUACAUCGUCCCCUAGAUAUGCACAAUCUAAUGGCAAGGCCGAGAACUCUGUAAAGAUUGCCAAACGGCUUAUUCAUAAGUAUGCAAUGGACGGUAAAGAUCCAAUUUUGGCGCUUCUGGAUCUACGCAAUACGCCUACUCAAGGAAUAGGCUACUCACAUGCACAACGGAUUUUUGAUAGACGCACCAAAACGCUAUUACCAGUAGCUGAACAUCUACUCAGACCACGUUAUGCUGACCGCACCAGGGAAAUGCUCUAUGAACGCAAGGAACGUCAGACAUACUAUUAUAAUCGAGGAGCUAAGGAGCUGAAACCAUUAUCAGAAGGAGAUACCGUUAGUAUUAGACCUACAGGAAAUGAAAAGUGA